AUGGCUGCUGCAGUGAUCAAGAGCAUCAACGCCCGCAUCCGGGCCAACCCGGUGACGGACUACUUCUGCUCCACCCAUUUCUGGGGCCCGGCAUCCAACUUUGGGAUUCCGCUCGCCGCCAUUGCGGACGCGCAAAAGAGUCCCGAGCUUAUCUCGGGAGGCAUGACCGGUGCGCUCUGCAUCUAUGCCCUCACUUUCAUGCGGUACUCCCUGGCCGUCACACCAAAGAACUACCUCCUCUUUGCGUGCCAUACCGUCAAUGCCGGUGCUCAGUUCACCCAGGCGUAUCGUUAUGUAGAUUACCACUAUUGGGGUGGGAAGGACAGGUUGGCUGCCACUGGCGACGUCGGCGCCAUCAAGAGCAAGGUGGCCGAGGUCACAGAAAAAGUGACCGACUCUGUAUCAAAAUGA